GAUACCCAUUGCGCGCCGGCCUCAAGAUGGCCGCCUUCUGGCGUCUCUGGCGCUGUUGAAUGGCGAAAGCUUUAUUGUUCCCUUCGGGCAGGAGUGUUCGUGUCCUCUAUGGCGCUGUCAAUAAAGAACGGCAGUUUGAAUCGGUGCUGAACAGCAAACGUCUGCUGACGCCUGCCCUAAACACAAGUAGAUUGGAUCAGUGUUGUCAUCCAGCUAUUCCUCUCGUCCCUUCUCCUGGAGUGGGAAACGAGUUAAAACUUCGAGAUGCACCGAGAGCGCUUUAGUUGACAAACACUCUGGCUUCCCUUCUGGUCUUACUAUUCAGAGUUUCUCCUGCUUUGAAUAGCAGUGAUACCAUGCAGCUAGUGCUACAGUGAACCAGGCUCUAACUGACCAGGGAAGAGCAGAAGCAAAGGAGAGAGUCAAGAGCCACUCUUCAAACUAGUUUAGUAUUAUCGAAGACUCUAAUAGUGGUCUUCCCAUCUACAAAUUCACACUCAGAUACUUCCCUCUCUACUGACUGCAGACGAGAGACAGUGGAUUACAGUGUUUAACAGUACAGAACUCCAUGCCAGACUGCCCAGUUUUGAACCCCACUCUGCCACAUACUAGCUGUGUGGCCUUGGAGCCUGUCCCCCCAAAGCCGACUCUAGGAGAGGAGAGGAAGAGGAGUUCUUGAGGCAGAGUUGACGCAAUGGAGCUCCCCAACUACAGCCGGCAGCUGCUGCAGCAGCUCUACACUCUGUGCAAGGAGCAGCAGUUCUGUGAUUGCACCAUCUCCAUUGGUACCAUUUACUUCAGGGCUCACAAGCUUGUCCUGGCUGCUGCCAGCCUCCUGUUCAAAACCCUGCUGGAUAACACAGAUACCAUCUCCAUCGAUGCAUCUGUGGUGAGCCCCGAGGAGUUUGCGCUCUUGUUGGAAAUGAUGUACACGGGCAAACUACCUGUGGGCAAGCACAACUUCUCCAAAAUCAUCUCCUUAGCAGACAGUCUACAGAUGUUUGAUGUGGCUGUUAGCUGCAAAAAUCUUCUGACCAGCCUUGUAAACUGCUCUGUUCAGGGUCAGGUGGUAAGGGAUGUCUCCGCGCCAUCCUCAGAGACAUCCAGAAAGGAACCAGAGAAGCCUCAAGUAGAAAUCCUUUCAUCCGAAGGUGCUGGAGAGCCUCACUCUUCCCCAGAGCUUUCUGUCACUCCAGGGGGCUCUGUGAAAGCUGAGACUGAGGAAGCAGUCCUUGCAGUUUCACAAGAGAUGAGUGUGAAUUCUCCCAUGGCCCAGGAGAGCCAGAGGAAUGCAGAAACCCCAGCGGAGACUCCUAACACAGCUGAAGAUUGUUCCCCCUCCCUUGUGCAAACCUUUAGUGAGGCAAAGGAGACAAGCACAGAACCAGCAUGUGAAAAGAAACAUUACCAGCUGAAUUUUCUUCUAGAAAAUGAAGGUAUCUUCUCAGAUGCACUCAUGGUUACCCAGGAUGUUUUAAAAAAACUAGAAGUGUGUUCAGAAAUUAAAGGUCCACAGAAGGAGACUGUAGUGAAAUGUCUCGAGGGUGAAGGAGGACAUUCAGCAUUCCAGAGAAUCCUGGGUAAAGUAAGAGAGGGGAGCCUGGAUGUUCAGACCGUUGUGUCCCUGUUGAGGCUGUACCAAGAUUCUAAUCCUGCAGUAAAAACAGCACUGUUAGACAGGAAGCCAGAAGAUGUAGACACAGUGCAGCCAAAAGGGAGCACAGAGGAGGGAAAGACCUUGUCUGUUCUGUUACUAGAACACAAAGAGGACCUGAUACAGUGUGUAACACAGCUGAGACCUAUUAUGGAGUUCCUGGAAACAGCCAAGGAGGAAUUCCUGACUGGCACUGAAAAAAGGGUGAUUCUGAAUUGCUGUGAGGGCAGAACACCCAAGGAGACAAUAGAAAAUUUGUUGCACAGAAUGACUGAAGAGAAGACCCUGACUGCUGAGAGUUUGGUAAAACUCCUCCAGGCUGUGAAGAUGACUUUCCCAAACCUGGGCCUUCUGCUAGAGAAGUUGCAGAAAUUAGCCACUUUGCCAAGCGCCACAGUCCAACCAAGCCCUGAUGAUUAUGGGACUGAGCUAUUGAGACGCUAUCACGAAAACCUUUCUGAGAUUUUCACAGACAACCAGAUUUUAUUAAAGAUGAUCUCACACAUGACAAGUUUAGCCCCUGGAGAAAGAGAGGUCAUGGAGAAACUUGUGAAACGUGACUCUGGUUCAGGUGGUUUCAAUUCCCUGAUAUCAGCAGUUCUAGAAAAGCAGACUCUCUCUGCCACAGCCGUUUGGCAACUGCUGCUGGUGGUUCAGGAGACAAAGACCUGCCCAUUGGACCUGCUCAUGGAGGAAAUACGAAGGGAGCCUGGUGCUGACGCUUUCUUCCGGGCAGUGACCACCCCAGAACGUGCCACUUUAGAAACAAUCCUGAAGCAUAACCACUUGAUCUUGGAGGCCAUCCAACAGAAGAUUGAGUGCAAGUUCUUUACCUCGGAGGAGGAGCACCUGGCAGAGACUGUGAAAGAGAUUCUGAGCAUUUCCUCUGAGACAACCAGCCCUGAAGCUUCCCUGAGAGCAGUGCUGAGCAGAGCCGUGGAAAAAUCAGUCUCGGCCAUUGAAAUAUGCCACCUCCUGUGCAGUGUCCACAAAUCUUUUCCAGGCCUGCAGCCUGUCAUGCAGGAGUUAGCAUACAUUGAUGUCCUUACUAAGGAAGAUGGAGAGAAGGAAACGUGGAAGGUGAGUAAUAAAUUUCACCUUGAAGCCAACAACAAAGAAGAUGAAAAGGCAGCCAAAGAAGACAGCCAGCCUGGGGAACAGAAUGAUCAAGGAGAGACUGGUUCCUUGCCAGGACGGCAAGAGAAAGAGGCUUCUGCGUCCCCAGACCCUGCCAAGAAGAACUUCGUCUGUAAGGCCUGCGACAAAAGCUUCCAUUUCUACUGCCGCCUGAAGGUGCACAUGAAGCGCUGCCGGGUGGCCAAGAGCAAACAGGUGCAGUGUAAGGAGUGCAGGGAGACCAAGGAUUCCAAGAAAGAGCUGGACAAACAUCAGCUGGAGGCCCAUGGUGCAGGUGGAGAGCCCGACGCACCCAAGAAGAAGAAGAAGAGGCUUCCAGUGACAUGUGACCUCUGUGGGAGAGAAUUUGCGCAUGCCUCAGGCAUGCAGUACCACAAGCUGACAGAGCACUUCGAUGAGAAGCCUUUCUCCUGUGAAGAGUGUGGGGCGAAGUUUGCAGCCAAUUCCACCCUGAAGAACCACCUUCGCCUUCACACCGGGGACCGCCCAUUCAUGUGCAAGCACUGCCUCAUGACCUUCACCCAGGCCUCCGCCCUGGCCUAUCACACCAAGAAGAAGCACUCGGAAGGGAAAAUGUAUGCGUGCCAGUACUGUGAUGCUGUGUUUGCCCAGUCCAUUGAGCUGUCCCGCCACGUGAGGACCCACACCGGGGACAAGCCCUAUGUCUGCAGGGACUGUGGCAAGGGCUUCCGGCAAGCCAAUGGCCUCUCCAUCCAUCUGCAUACCUUUCACAACAUAGAAGAUCCUUAUGACUGCAAGAAGUGCAGGAUGAGUUUCCCCACUCUUCAGGAUCACCGGAAGCACAUCCAUGAGGUGCACUCCAAAGAGUACCACCCCUGCCCCACGUGUGGGAAGAUCUUCAGUGCCCCGUCCAUGCUGGAGCGGCACAUGGUCACCCACGUUGGAGGGAAGCCCUUCAGCUGCGGGAUCUGCAACAAGGCCUACCAGCAAUUAUCUGGUUUGUGGUACCACAAUCGGACCCACCACCCUGAUGUAUUUGCUGCUCAGAACCACCGAUCUUCCAAGUUCUCAUCACUCCAGUGCAGCUCCUGUGACAAAACCUUCCCCAACACCAUCGAGCACAAGAAGCACAUCAAAGCAGAGCAUGCAGAUAUGAAGUUCCAUGAAUGUGACCAGUGUAAGGAGCUCUUCCCCACGCCAGCCUUGCUGCAGGUUCACGUCAAGUGCCAGCAUUCAGGGUCCCAGCCAUUCCGGUGCUUGUACUGUGCUGCUACUUUCCGUUUUCCUGGAGCAUUGCAGCACCAUGUCACCACAGAGCACUUCAAGCAGUCAGAGACCACCUUCCCAUGUGAGCUCUGUGGGGAACUCUUCACCUCCCAGGCCCAGCUUGACAGUCACCUGGAAUCUGAGCACCCGAAGGUGAUGAGCACGGAAACCCAGGCAGCAGCCUCACAGAUGGUACAGGUGAUCCAAACCCCAGAGCCGGUGGCCCCAACGGAGCAGGUGAUCACUUUGGAGGAGACCCAGCUUGCCGGUUCACAGGUGUUUGUGACGUUGCCAGAUUCUCAGGCAUCUCAGGCCAGCUCCGAGCUCGUGGCAGUGACUGUGGAGGAUUUGCUGGAUGGCACAGUGACGCUGAUCUGUGGUGAGGCCAAAUGAGCAGCCAUUCAUCCGGCAGAGCCUUCCUGUGUUUGCAGCUGAGAGGAGGCCCCACAGCUUGCCCUUUGCCCUCCAUCCCUGGCUGUCCUGAGUGGUGAGCAUCUUAGCUUAGCGCCAACCAACACAGUCUCACCUAAAAAACAGACGGAAGCUUCAUUGUUCUCAUAGAACCUACAGCAUCCAAGCCCUCAACACCAACUGUACCAUCCUCUAGUAGACAGGCCUCCUUCCCCACAGGCCCGCUGCUGCGGCCUCUGUGACACUGUCCAUCCCCAAGUGACAUGUAGCUUCAGGAGUAGAGUCUGAAAGAGCAGUGGGAUGGGAGCUGGUGACCAGGGUACCCCAGGAGGCAUGAUGUGCCGACACCCUUCAGUGGGCAGAAUGGCAGUUAGAUAUGGGGCUUGGCCCACAGUGGGGCUGCAAAUGCUGCCAGUGCCUCUGGCCAUUUAAAGUGAGAGGGGCACCAACAGACAAUUCAGAGACCUCAGGCAUGAGCACACUUGGCCCCUUCCUCAGUCCUAUCAUCCUACCCUCUGCUGGGGUUCCCCCUGCACCCAGUGGCCAUGCCCAGCACCCUACUGAUGGCUAUAGGACAAGUAGCCCUCAUUUCCAUGCCUGGUAACGCCUUGUCAGUUGUCAGCCCUUCCCAAAACAAAGCUUUGGAGUUUCUGCUGGAAGUGUUUAAUGUGAGGCAUCAGCUGCUAGACAGUCUCUGCCUUACCAGGACAUUCUUCUUGGUAUUCCUUACCUGAAGGCUGGUUCCCACAGCUCUUCCGUGUCAUCUUCAUCCCCUUCCUUUAACCAAAGGCUGAAAUCUCUGCCUGACCUGGCAGCCUCGCUCCCUCUGGGUCACGUGGCGCAGACCGUGACCAGCACCAGGCGGGCAGUCCUGUCUGCAUGUGGAGGAGCAGCGGUGACUGCCCGUGGCUCUGCUGCCGUGCACUCCCUGCCUUGGGAGUGGCCUGCUGCCUCACCUCCCCCAGGCCGCCACACUUACUGCGGAUCAGCGAUCCUUUGGAGUCCGAAUUUCACAAAGCUUUUUUAUCUUCAGUUCCGAAAAUAUAAUCUGAUAGUUAAUGGUUUGUGGAAUCCAUUACGAAGUGCGAUUAGAUAGAUGUAGGUUCCUGCCGUUGGAGAGAAUGACUAGCAUUUAUCUUCUUUUCCUUCCACGCCAAAGGUUGGAGUCUGCUGGUGCGGUGUUUACACACCAGGCAGGGCUCUCUGCCACGGUGUGUGGCUUGACCCCCUGUGGAGGGGAGUGCCUGGUUGGAUCCCACACUGGCAGAGAUGGGGCCACCUCUUCCUUCCAGGCACAUCUCACAUUGCCAUGUACAGAGGCAGGGGUCACGUUUGGUCACCAUGGAAGCUUUUAUUGCUCCCACAUGGUCAGGUCUUGCCCUGCUUGAAGCACAGAAGGCACAGCCUUACUGACCAGCACACCCACUGACUGGCAUCUGCUGGCUUUGUGCAGCCAGCCCCGACAGUUUCCACAGCGAGUGCCAGCUCCGGCCAGCCUGGGACAGCUCAUCCCAGCCAACUACACCUGCCUCUGGUCCUGUCCGCAUUUUGAUAUGUAGAUCACUUGAGCUUGUCAAUUAGGGUUCUGCCAUUCUGAAAUAAAUGAAGUUUCUAAAGGAGAGUCGGCCUCAGAAGCCAAAAACUGACCAGAAGAUGGUGCUCAAACCUUUAAGACUUCAUCUCCAUGUGAAGGGCUCACUGUUUCUACCAAGGCUGUCCCUGUGUUAAGGCUUUUCCGUCCUGGGAACUGUCAGACUGGGAGAGCUCUUGAUCUGCAGGUGGCAAAAUGGCACUGAAUAUCCCCUUGGCACCAGAGAAAACCCACUGAAAGAUGGUAGAGUGGCACAUGCUUACAGGGCAUUGGUGCCAAGCCCAGUGGAUGAGAAUACAGCCCCUCACAAGCUGUGGGAUGGAGCUUGGGAGCCACAGUGAAUGUCACUAAAAUUUCUUCCAAAACAAAACAAGAAAUAAUUGCUGAGAGCUUGUAGGGAAGUGAUUUAAAAAAAAAAAAAAAAAAAAAAAAAAAAACUAUUUGGAAUCAAGAGGGCUAUAAGUUUUGAAUUCAAGUGUCAGAUCCUUUCAAGCACUGAGAGAUUCUUUCUCAGGUUUCUGUUUUUGGGGAAGACAGGGUCUUGCUCUCUCUCUCAGAUUGGAAUACCGUGACACGAUCUUGGCUCACUGCAACCUCUGCAGGCUCAAGCGAUCCUCCUGCCACAGCUUCCCAAGUAGCUGGGACCACAGACAUGAGCCACCACUGCUGGCCAGUUUGUUUUGUUUUUUGUAGAGACAGGGUCUGGCCAUGUUGCCCAGGCUAAUUUUAAACUCCUGAGCUCAAGCCGUUAUCCCACCUGGGCCUCCCAAAGCACUAGGAUUACAGACAUGAGCCACGACGCCUGGCCAGGUUUCUGCUGGAGACCCAGAUUGUGACAAGACAUUUGUUUUCUUUGGAAUCACCAGAUUUGCAGCUUACUGUGCCGAGAGUGGACUGGCUGCUGGGGCCCAUCGGAUGCCCUCUGGCCCGUGGCACACUCAGCAGAAGGCACAAACCCAGUGCUGGUUCUCAUCAAGACAGAGGGGAAGGCCCUCCCCGAGUUCACUGUCUGCCCUGAGCGGGCUCCGCACUGGCUGACUGAUUUUAUGGUCUUGCUCUCUAGAGAAGCCCAGAUGGAUCUUAUUAUAGGAAAACUUUCUGACUCUGCUUGGCCAUUUUAUCCUUUUCUCCUACUUCUACCCAAGAGACCUGAAUAGCCGCCACAGAGGACAGUGUUCGUGUGGUCUCCUGAGUCCACAUCACUCGCUUCUGUGGGGUCCUGGUGCUGUAUUUGCUUCGUGUCCCAUAGGGUGCUGCCCUUAUGGCCUCUGGACUGAACUCUGGGGCCUUUGGGGUGGUGUGAAGGAGUCCGUGGGCUUCUUAGAACACAUGGAUCUGUUCGGUGGGUCCCCAGACCUCUGCUCCCAGAGCUCAUGUCCCAGCUGGUGAGGAGGGAAAGGCAGUCAGAUUCCAGGCCGGAGUGUGAUUCUGUGGGAAUACUGGGGUCAGUUAUGGAACAGGACUUGCCCAUUGUAGGUAAGUGAGACAGCAAACAGAUGAUUCAAGAGCAAGGAUUACUGCAGGAAGGUGAGACUCCUGUCGACGCGCAUUAGCAGAACCUGGAACCAGAGGGCAGGGACCAGGGCUCUUUACUCAUUUCUUUUAUGGGUAAAGAGACAUGAAGAGACAGCCUGUCUCUUCUGUCUCAGAAGCUCUGUGUUUGGGAAGCUUUGAGCCCAGUGAGUAGCAGGGUCUGCAGUAUGAAUACCUUUCCCUGGUGAUCCGGGUCUCCUCUGAGGAAGUGUUCUGACUUCCCACUGACCACAGGAGGCACGCCAGCUUCAUCCCUCGGGCUAGAGUUCUGAUCACUGGGGCUGAGGGGUAAAAUAAAAUCCAGUCAGACAGACAGUGGGGAGACAGGUCCCUGCUCUUUAUUUGCAGGAUCAAUCAGGGACUCCCAGAAAGGAAGGAGAAUGGUGAGGGGGCUCUAAGCUGGUGACGUGGUCACCACAAGCUGAAGACAGGCUAAUGGGGUGGCGGAUGUGCCUUUAAACCUCACGUGCCUGGAAGCUGCGCAUUGACCAAAGGAGGGAGGAAAUUGCCAACCAUGCACAGAGUGGGCAGGCGGUCCCAGGAGACAAGCAGCAUGUUAUUAAAUUGGGCCUAGGCAGUUGGGCGAUAAUGGAGAAAAUGCAGGGAUGCUAUAAUGAGUCCUCCCCAAGGGCGAGUUCAGCACCCGAGCCCUGUUCUGCUUGUAUCCCAGUGACACUUGGGAGGUAGAAGAAACUGGGAGUAAGAGGACAAUUUGGGGCUGAAGGGAGUGUUAGAGGCAAGUCGAUCCUUGUUUUGUUGUCACGGAAACUUUGGGGCUGGUGGGACUUAGGCCAAAAGCUCAGAAGCACAGCCAAAAUGUAGAAGCUUGCUACUCCUACGACUCGGCCUAUAAGGAAGAGAGAAGCUGUCUGUACUUUGUGAACUACAUUGUUGAAGGAAAAAAAUCACUCCCUGCCUAAUUAAGUUGCUUCCAAAUUUGGGGAAUGUGUGUCCUUUCCUUUACCAAGGCCAAUCAGCCCUGCUUCCACCCGUGGUCAGGACAGCCAGCCCCUACGUGAUGCCGUAUAAAUUGGAUUACAAACCAUAUUCAUGUUCAACUUGCACUAAUCUAUAUAAAUAAAAUAUGUACUUUGAAAAAAAAUUAGGCUACAUGAGUUUCAGAUGGACUGUGAUGUUAUAGACCUGCUUUCUCUUUGGUUCUGGGCCAGUGUCAGACGGGGACCGGCGUGAUAGGCCUGGUGUCCUAGGGGCCAUUUGUGUACCUUGUGGCCGUGUUAACAUGGCCUGGGGGAAAGCAAGCUCUCCCGUCAUGUGGAGUCUCAUUCCUAAACCCUCCUUCCCAGGGAGCGAGUGUAGGGCAGGGUUUCAGAGCACAGGCUUUGGUGUCCAGCCUGGGUACAUCCAGCUGUCCUGCUGUCUAACUGUGACAUUGUGUGAGAUGCUUACCCUCUCUGAGCUCCCUCCUCCUGGCCCCCAACUUUAUUAUAAAAUGGAGAAAUGAUUGUGCUUACCCUACAGAAUUGUAGUAUGAUUUAAAAGUCUGGAAUUAAUGUAUUUAAUGUAGAAAAUGUUAGCUUUUAUUAGUAAAAUUUUUUUGCAU